AUGGCUCAUGCAAUGAAUGUUAUGGCAGCUACCGUGACCGUUCAAACCAAUGCUAAGACGCAAAGAGAUAUAGACAAGAGAGAGCGCGAGAAGCGUGAUGCUGGGUCUCGUACUCUCACUCAAUUUCGUCACCAAGACCCACCUAAGUUCCAUGGGGAAGGAGGUCCUGAUGCUGUUGAUUUAUGGCUUCAGGAAUUAGAAAAGAUAUUUGGAGCAAUCCAUUGCCCUGAGGGGGAAAAGGUGACUUUAGCCACCUAUCAAUUACUGGGAGAUGCCGAGUACUGGUGGAGAAACACUAAGCUUAUGAUGGAAGGUGCUUACGAGGAAAUAAAUUGGGAAACCUUUAAACGAAAAUUUCUAGCCAAAUACUUUCCUGAGACUGCUAGGGAAAGGUAUGGUGAAGAAUUCUUGAAAUUGCGCCAAGGAGGUAUAACCAUCGAGGCAUAUGCAAACAAGUUUGAGUCUCUGUCAAUGUUUUUUCGCUUCUUCAGAAAUGCUGUCGAUGAAGCUUACAUGUGUUGUCGUUUCCAAGAUGGUCUGAGGUAUGAGAUGCAGGAUGCAGUGGUACCUUUGGGAAUUCGACAAUUCCAAACGCUGGUGGAAAAAUGUCAAGAGAUUGAGGAUAUGAAGAAUAAGAGGGUAAACCGUGGUGGAAAUUUAACUGCUGGAGGACCUAUCUGUCCAAAUAAUCUUAAUAAUAAUCAUGGUAAACAAGGAAUGAAGCCUUACCAACAUCCUCAGAAUAAUCGCGAACCAAAUCGUCCUGCAAAUUCACCUCAGGGAAAUCAAAUGAGGAGGAAACAAAUGUGCUACCAUUGUGGUCAAGAAGGACAUUAUGCUAAUGACUGCAAAGACAAUGCACCUUCUUGUUACAAGUGUAAGAAACCUGGUCACUAUUCCCAAGAUUGCAAGGCUCCAAAGGUAGAAUCGACGCUAAAUGCAACACGUGGAGCCCGGCCCAUUGCAAAAGGGCGUGUCUACACUAUGGACGCUAAAGAGAGUGGUCAGGCCAAUAAUGUGAUACAAGAGGAAUGCCAAGUUGCAGGUAACACUCUAACUGCCUUGAUUGAUACUGGGGCAACCCAUUCAUUCAUUUCCUUAGACUGUGCAAAUCGUUUGAACAUAAAGAUAUCUCCCCUGCUUUUUGAUUUACAAGUUUCUACACCUGCCAAGAAUUUAGUUGUGAAUUCAACAUGCUUACACUGUUUAGUAGUCAUCCAAAAUAGAGAAUUUUUGGUCAAUUUAAUUUGUUUACCCCUACCGUCACUCGAGAUCAUUCUCGGGAUGGAUUGGUUAUCCUAUCACUAUGUCAUCUUGGACUGCACUCGCAAGAUGGUAUUCUUCCCUGAACCUGGAGUUGUUAAAUACUUGUCUGCCGACCAACUUAGAGUGACAUUGAGGGAGGGAGCUCAAGAGUUUUUGUCACUAUACAACGUAGAAGUAAACCCAGACAUUCAGAUAGAGAAUGUACGCGUGGUUCAACAAUUCCAAGAUGUAUUCCCAUUAGAGAUCCUAGGAUUUCCCCCGAUACGUGAAGUGGAGUUCUUUAUAGACCUACAUCCUGGAAUAGGACCGAUUUCGUAUUCCCCUUACCGAAUGGCACCAACGGAAUUAGUAGAGCUAAAGAGUCAAGUAGAAGAUUUAUUAGAGAAAGGAUUCAUCAGGCCAAGUGUGUCCCCUUGGGGAGCCCAGUCCUCUUGGGAAGAAGAAGGAUGGACGUUCACGCUUAUGUGUAGAUUAUCGGAAGCUUAA